AUGUCUUUACUGUACAUUACUGAAGAGGUGAUUGAAAACUUUUCUGGUAGUGGAAUGGAUCUGCUAUUUGAAGUGUUGGAGUCAUACCAAGAAAACGACGCAGAAUCAGAAGAGAUUCUUGCUCAAAUUUUCACAGAGUUAUUAAUAACAUUUGAAGAAGAUAAAUUGGAUGUCAAUGAUAUCAAAAAGUUUUUCACUCAUGCAAUAAAGUCGGAUGAUCAUGCAAGAAUCUUUUUCCAAGUUCUCAAUUCGUUUGCUGUAUCGAAAAAUAUACAUGACUUGUUGCAUUUACUUUUCCGAGACAAUAAAAUCAAAAUAGAGACAUUAGCUUUACACCUAAGUUCGGAUUUUUUAAAAUCAGUGGAAAUUGUUCCAAAAGAUUAUUUCCAAAGAACUUUAAGUCACAAGAUUAGGGAUGAAUAUUUCACGCAAAAAAAGUUCAAUUUGCUUCAUGAAGAAGUGGAAGGGUAUUCAAAGUUUGUGUCAGAAAUGUAUUAUAUUUUAGAUAGCAGCGAUGCUGAAUUUCAACUUGAUUAUGCUAUUCAAAUUAUGGAAAAAUUGAUUGGUCAUUAUGAUCUUGAUCCAAACAGAUGUUUGAGUUUGUUAUUUCAAGUAUUCACGGCAACCAUAGUGCCUCAUUACCAUUUCAUAUUAAAUCUUUUGAGAAAGAGUAGGUGGUGGCCAAAUAUUGAAAGCGAUAAUUCCUCAUUAUCAAGCCUUGGCAUUGGAGGAAGUGAAACAGCAGCCAAAGUAAUUGGCCUAGAGCUUGUGGGUGAGACUGGCACAAGAGACUUACCUGAAACAUACAAGUGUCUUGUGGCCAUUUUUAUCAAAGAAGGAUUUGUAAGCUUUGGAUCAUUGUACAAAUUCAUGGGCUCAGAUGAAUUGGAAAUGGAUGAAUUAGAGGCCGAGUACAAAAAGAAGUUGGAUCGUGAUGUAUUAGUUGCUGGGGCCACUGCUCUUGCUCUUGCAGCACCACUAGCUGACGAAGAGGAUGAAGAAGGAGAAAAAGGUGAAAACAAGACGAAAGGAAAAACCAGACAAGCAGCAACAGAGAAAGAUUUGGCUAGCUUAUUAAAAGUGAACAUGAAAUACCAGUUUCUUAAAGUAUUCUUGGGAGUUGGACUUUAUUGGCCAGCGAUAUUCAUUUUGACAAAGUAUCCAUAUUUGGCUCAAAUUGACGAAGAAAUCACAUUUUUAAUUAACAGAUUAUUUGCAACUAUGAUUAAUCCAUUAUACUGCAAGCUAAGAAUUUUCAGUGACGAAGAGAUAGGUAACCUUCAAAAGCCCAAAGGAACAACAAUUAGUCGUCCACAUAAUACAGUUCUUAUUGAACAUUCACCUGUUACCAAUUUGUUAAGUUUUUAUCCAUUAGUACAUGGAUAUGGCAACAAAAAAUUUACUUAUUUUUAUAGGGAGUUUUCAAAAGAUCUUCCCAAAAUAGAAGAUAUCGAUAGUUUGAUAGCAGUUUCAAAUGAGCUUCUCAAAUUUAACGGACCAAAUCUUGCGAAAGACACAGAUAUAUUUAUUGAAACUUGUGAAGUUACGCGGUACUUGUUGUGCAAAGAAGAAGAUAAAAGCAAAGUUUUCUUUUAUUUCAAAAACUUUAUUUUCCCAGCAAUGCCAUUAAUAGAAGAGAAUUCCAUUGCAAUAAACAAAGCUUUUGAAAUAUUAUUGUUCUUUCCAAUUGAAGACAGAUUCAGUCUUUAUGGGGAACUAUACAACAUAUUAGCCAAGAAUAAUCCACUAAUCAAAAUAGCUUAUAGCAAAGCUGAAAAAUCAACUAAAGAUGUUUUAAAAAGAUUAUCAAAGGAGAAUGUUCGUCCCAUGAUGAGAAGAUUAGCCAAAAUUUGUUUUUCUAAUCCAUUGCCUUGUUUGUUAACAAUUUUGCAACAGAUUGAGAGUUAUGAUAACUUGAACACCUUGGUUGUUGAAACUGCUAGAUACUUUAAUGCGUAUGGGUGGGAUAAUUUAACUGCUGCCAUAUUGAUAAGAUUAGCUUCUAGCCGAAGCAGUACCUAUAACGGGAUGAGUGAGCGUCAGUGGGUUCAAUCAUUGGCUUCAUUUAUUGGUAAAAUUUGCCAAAGAUACCCUCAUGCUAUUGACAUAAAGACUAUACUAGCGUUUAUAUUGAAAUCAUUUUACUCAGGAGACACUAUUGGUUUACUAGUACUCAAGGAGAUGUUUAUUUCAAUGGGAGGUAUUCAACAUAUAACAAAUUUGACAAUAAACCAAAUUGAUAUGAUUAAUUGUGGGUCAUCUUUACAAAAAAUUGUUUAUAACACUAUAGACGAUCUUCGAUUUGAAAGAAGAGCCACUGGGAAAUAUCUUAUUAAAUGUAUGAAUGAGAUUGAUGCGGUUAACGAAUUGCUAGUGUUGCUUUGUCGUAUAUCGAAUGACGUGACUUUUACCGGGAACGAAUCAUAUUUGAAAGUUUUGGUUAGCAAAAGUGAUGACGUAAAUGCAGUAAUCCGAUUAUUUGUUACAUUAAUCAACUUAUAUGAUGAGAGUUUGAAUUUGAUGCCGAUAAAACAAUUGUCGGAUUUUGGUGUACCAUGGUCAUGGGCAUACGAAGUCUGGAGAUUUAGAGACGAGACAGAUAAGGAUAGUCUUUCACUUGAGUCCACGACUUCAAUUUUUGAUAACUUUUGGAAGCUUUCGCUACAUGAUAUCAACUACACAAAUGAACUUUAUGAUAAUGAAACUGUUAAACUCGAAUCAAAUAUCAAAAGCUUAAAGGAUUCUAUUGUCAUUAAUUUGAAAAAUAAAGAAUUACCCCGUACAGUAAUUGAUAAACAACGAAAAGAGUUGGAAACCUGUGAAGAAUAUCAAAAAACAUUGGCAGAUGAGAGAGCCAAACAUAAACAUGAAAAUGAGAAAAUCGAGCAACAAUUAAAGCUGAUUUCAUCCAAUUGGUUUAUUGAUUUAGGUUUUGAGGAGUUUAUUCAGAAGUGUAUAUUUCCAAGAGCAAUCACUUCUUCGUUUGACGCCGUUUAUUCUGCAAGAUUUCUUUUCAAAUUGAAUUCCAUGAGGAUUGACAACUAUUCGUUGGUAAAUGUUUUAGGCUUGUUAUUCAAAUCAGAAAGUUUAUUUGGGACGUUAUGUUCAUCAACUCCUACAGAAGCUGAGAACAUUGGAUUGUUUUUUGCUGAUAUUUUGAGAACAUUACAAGGGUGGAGAGAUGAGUCUAAAUAUGGAGAAGUUGGUUUGCAAGAUCAAGAUGGAGAUAAAAUUGCUUUUGAUAAUUUCAAACAGCUCCUUUACGAUUAUCAUUCAUUGCUUUUGGAAGAAAUCAGAAUAGGAUUACAAGCACCUGAAUAUAUCUCGCGUAACAACACCAUUAUAUUUUUGAAGAAUUUGUUAGCUGUGUAUCCAAGUGUUGAUGACCAUGGUAAACAGAUUGUUGAUUUGAUUGAAAGAAUAUCAACAACAGAAAAGAGAAAUGAUUUGAAAUUAGCCUCGAAUGCAUUGUUGGUUCAUGUCAAAUCGAAAUCGAAGAACUGGGUUCCUAUUUGGGACUUUAUUUCAAUGAGUGAAGAAGAAAAAGAGAAAAUAAUCAAAGCAAAGGAGGAAGAAAGACAAAGGAUUAUUAAAGAAGAAGCAGAAGCCAAAAGAAAAAAGGAAUUAGAAUUAGAGAGGGAAAAACAAAUGAAAUUAGCCAAAGAGGAAGAAGAAAAGAAAAAGCUUUUAGCUGCUGCAUCUUUGAAUUAUGAUUCACUGGCUGCUGGUACCAGAACUCAAACAAGAAGCACACCAAUUGGAAGAUCAUAUGAAAAGUAUGCAGUUGAAACAAGAUCAGAAGCUCAUUCAAGACAGACAACUCCAAUUCCAACACAAACACAAACACGGACUUUAACAUCUGUUCCAACGUCACCUAAUUCAUUGUCUAAAGAGAACAAGUUACAGGAACGAGUAAACAAGAUGAAACAAGCUUAUAAAGAAUCUCGAAUCUCUUCAGACACAGGAAAUGAAACUUUGAAUUCUGAGCCACUUGGCGGUGAAACAAUUGAUGAUGAAAAGGAUGCCAAACAGGAGGACAGCAAAGAUCAAGAAAAAAUAGACUCAGAAGCAAUGGAGAAAAUUAAAUCUGUCCAGAAUAACGGUGAAACACAACUGACUACCAAAACAGAAGACAGUACGGGUGACAAUUCAACAAAGACAUCGGAUUCAUCAGUACCAAAGGAUUCUGGCCCCAAACGAACUCCCUUGCCUCCACAGAAUGAAACUAAAAAGUCAAUCUCACAGGAAGAUUUUAAGGGCCCAUCUGAACCCAAACGUACACCAUUACCUCCUCAAAAAAUGGUUGCCAGAAAUAAAGACGACUCUUCUGGGCGGUCAGAAGCUAGACGUGCUCCUUUGCCUCCUCAACAUACAAUCAAAAAACAAUCAUUAGGUGCAGAAUCAUCUAAUGGCGCUGGUUCUUCACGUCCACCACUGGGACAAUCAAAUGCCAAUACAUUUAGAAACGACGUAAGAUCUAGUAAAGGUGUUAGUUCAAGUAGUCAACAAAACUCAAGACAACCACAGUCUGCUUCAAUCCCCCCUCCACCACCAUUACCACCUGUACAACACCCUAGAGGAAGAAAUGAUUAUGGGAAUUCUCGAGGGUAUCAAUCAAACAGAGAUAAUUAUGGACGCCACAGCAAUUCUAGAAAUGAUAGUAGACCAGCUACCAACCGGAAUCCUACUUAUGACAAUAGAGCCAGAAAUCAAGGUAGCAGAGACAGUAGAAACACUGGAAGAAAUGACAAGAGAAGUGCUGAUGGUUUUGGUGGAAGAGGAUACGAUAAGAGACCCAGACAUUAA